CCGCCGCCAGGUGGAACGGCAGGUGGGUUCAGGUGCCAGCCUGGCCUGGGCCCUGCUGUGGGACUGACUUCCGGUGAGCAACAGAAACAGCUCCCAAGGGCCUGGAGACCCGUGGGGCGGGCUCUGGGAUCUGAGUCCAUCGCCCUGGCCUGGAGUCCUCCCCUGUACCUAUUCCCCAUUCCCCUUCCAAGCUGGACAGUUAGCCAGCUCACCCCAACUCUCGGAACCAUGUUUGCAGACCUGGAUUAUGACAUCGAGGAGGAUAAACUCGGCAUCCCCACUGUGCCCGGGAAGGUGACCCUGCAGAAGGACGCACAGAACCUGAUCGGGAUCAGCAUUGGAGGAGGGGCGCAGUACUGUCCCUGCCUCUAUAUUGUGCAGGUAUUUGACAAUACCCCUGCAGCCCUGGAUGGCACGGUAGCUGCUGGCGAUGAGAUCACUGGUGUCAAUGGCAGGUCGAUCAAAGGGAAAACUAAGGUGGAGGUGGCGAAGAUGAUUCAGGAGGUGAAGGGGGAGGUAACGAUCCACUACAACAAGCUGCAGGCGGAUCCUAAACAGGGCAUGUCCCUGGACAUCGUGUUGAAGAAGGUCAAGCACCGGCUGGUGGAGAACAUGAGUUCAGGAACAGCUGAUGCCCUGGGCCUGAGCCGGGCCAUCUUGUGCAAUGAUGGGCUUGUGAAAAGGCUGGAGGAGCUGGAACGGACUGCUGAGUUGUACAAAGGAAUGACAGAGCACACCAAGAGCCUCCUUCGGGCCUUUUAUGAGCUGUCACAGACCCACCGGGCCUUUGGGGACGUGUUCUCUGUGAUUGGGGUGCGGGAGCCCCAGCCAGCAGCAAGCGAGGCUUUUGUGAAGUUCGCUGAUGCUCACCGCAGCAUUGAGAAGUUUGGCAUUCGGCUCCUGAAAACGAUCAAGCCGAUGCUGACGGACCUGAACACAUACCUCAACAAAGCCAUCCCCGACACACGCCUCACCAUCAAGAAGUACCUGGACGUGAAGUUUGAAUACCUGUCAUACUGCCUAAAAGUGAAGGAGAUGGACGAUGAGGAGUACAGCUGCAUUGCUCUAGGGGAGCCCCUGUACCGAGUGAGCACUGGCAACUACGAAUACCGCUUGAUCCUGCGCUGCCGCCAGGAGGCGCGCGCGCGCUUCUCCCAGAUGCGCAAGGACGUGCUCGAGAAGAUGGAGCUGCUGGACCAGAAGCACGUCCAGGACAUCGUGUUCCAGUUGCAGCGCUUUGUGUCCACCAUGUCCAAGUACUACAACGACUGCUACGCGGUGCUGCGUGAUGCCGACGUCUUCCCCAUCGAGGUGGACCUGGCACACACCACUCUGGCCUAUGGCCCCAACCAGGGCGAGUUCAUAGAUGGCGAGGAUGAAGAGGAGGAAGAGGACUCAGCGGCCCAGGAGCCGUCCAGGGAUGCGCGGGGAGCUGCUGGGCCCCUGGAUAGGGGUGGAAGUUGGUGUGACUCCUGAGCGCCCCGUGGGUGGAUGGGGGGUAGGGCAGCGGGAGGUCCGCAGUGGGUACGGGGCGGGGCCGCGCACCCGGGCGCAUAAAGGCCUGCUGGCACGGCUGAGGCGCCUGCCUCCCUGCUCCUCUGUCCUCGCACAGCAAAUCCGGGUUCCUGCCGGGGAAAGGCGCCAGGCCAGGCCCACAGCCUGGGCCUUGGACACUAGCCCCCACUCUUCCUUCCCACCUCCCCAGCUAGAGGGAGCUUGGCCUCUGGACCUGCCUCAGGAAGGACAGGGCAGAAAGGAAGAGGGGCUGGAGGUGGCAGGAAAUCCAGACCUGUUCCUGCGGGCAUCUCUGCUGGCCCCCCUAGCCUGCUGGGAGUGGGGGCCAGGUGGACAGCCCAGGCUGGGGCCACCAUCUCAUGCACACCUCGGUGGCCUUUAUUUAUUUUGUUCCCUGGCUCAGCCACUUCUGGAGAGGGCUGGGCACUGGACCUGUAUUGAAUAAACAAACCCA